AGCCUUCAGGCCCGAGCUUCCAGUUGUCCGAUCCGAAACUUGAACUUGGGUGGUCACGAUUUAACAGUAAGACCGAUGUCGGACCCGGCAGUUAGCCAGGAUACCCCUCACCACCGGCCAUGGGGACUCAGAUGGAGAUCGUCGGUGUGGUUUGUCACGGCGGUCGUUGGCGUCGGUAUGAUGACCGACCUGCUCGUCUACUCGGUUGUCCUUCCCGUGUUCCCCUUCAGACUGGAAGGCUUAGGAUAUAAGCACGUUUCUGAUCUCACGGGCUGGCUGCUCUUCGCCUUCUCUGGCGGCGUUGUAGUCUCCACUCCGCCAAUCGCCUUGCUGUCCGAACGCUACCAGAACCGCAAGGUACCACUGCUGCUAGGAAUGCUCGCCCUCAUUGGCUCGCAGGUCAUGCUCAUGGAGGCUCCUUCGUAUUCGAUUUUGGUCAUCGGACGUGUCAUACAAGGAAUCGCCUCGAGCGUCAUAUGGAUCCUGGGUCUAGCGCUGCUGUGUGAUACUGCCCCAGAACAAUCAGUCGGUCGUCAGCUGGGUCUUGCCAUGUCUGGCGUGUCGCUUGGGCGAGUACCAUGUCACAUGCAGCUACUCGUCGGCCCGCCAGCAGGUGGCGCGCUGUACUCGCGCUUCGGCAUCCGCGGACCGUUCGUCUUUGGGAUUGCCAUCACCUUUGUCGACCUCGUCGGUCGGCUGUUGAUCAUCGAGCGCAAGGACGCGUUGGUAUGGGGCAUUGAUACCAUGGCGAUGUCAGAGAACACGGAAGAGGACGUCGAGAAGGUGGGCGAAGGUACCGAAGAGGGCGAACGACCAUCGACUCAAGCCGAGAAAGUCACCGCUAGCAAUACGGUGGACGAUACCAAAGUCCAGGGGGGUUCGUGUGAGAUUAAUGCCGUUCAUGCAGGAUCCGUCGAGAUAACCACGACCGGCGAGUCACAAAGCAACAAUGUCGCUCCUGCCCCUCAACCCGCCGAGACCCGCUCGCAGGCUGCUACCUCCGAGCACAAGUCCGUCCACCUCUCCACUGCGGGCGUCCUCGUAAAGCUCGCCCAAUCGCCCCGCGCAGUGACUGUGAUGGUCAACACGGUCAUCUACGGGAUGGCGUACAGCGCACAAGAGCCGGUGCUUCCGUUGCAUAUGCAGGCUACCUGGGGCUAUAACUCAUCCCAGGUCGGUUUGGUCAUGAUCGCGUGCGUAGUCCCGACCGUCUUCUCUUCUCCGCUCAGCGGGUGGUACGCCGAUCGCCAUGGCACGGAAUGGAUCACAUUCUGGUGCGACGUCCUCUCCAUCCCGUUCUGGGUGAUUCAGAUCAUUCCCGUCCUCCCGCUCUUCAUCACGUCGCUCGCAGUGCAGAGUUUCUUCACUUCCGGGGUCGUCUCACCCUUAACGGCUGAGUUGGCCUCCAUCUCUCGCAACAUCGAUGGUGUCGGAUAUGCACAUGUGUACGGUGCAUUCAACCUAUGCUUUGGCCUCGGGUCUGCAUUCGGACCGCUGCUCGGCGGCCAAGUGUACGACCACGUCAAGCAUGGAUGGAUGGCCGUCUGCCUCAUCGCGACCGGCUGUGUGGCCGUCAGCACAGUUCUAGCGGUGCUGUACACCGGAGAAGAUACCAUCCGUGCCAAAUUACGGCGCCGGCUUGCCACUUUCAGGGUUGAAUCCUCAUCCUCUGAUCCUACGAUUGUUCAACCAUAUUGCCAAUGAGCAUUGAUACGAUGUAGAUUGUGGAACAUUAAUCUCAGAUUUGUUUGCAACGACGAC